CCGGGGGAGGGACGGCCGAGCGCGGCCGCGCCGUAGCUUUUCCCGGCACUGACCGAGGCCGGCCGGCGCGUCCCGCAGGUCGCCGGGCGGGAACGUGCCUCCCGCCCCGUCACGGCGGGAGCUGUUCGGCGGCUGCAGAUGUCACUGCUUAACUGCAGCGGGGAAGUUGCGGAUUUGACCUGAGCAAAAAUUACUGAGGGAUCAUCUAAGCCAAACUUUUGCUUUGAAGGAGAAGCAGUUUAUUUAGACUAUUCACGAACUACCUACUGAAGGAGAUAUCAUCUCUUCCCAAGUUUUGUGCAGGAACAGGUGGAUGAAUGAUGAAUUACUUCAUGGUUCUGGCAGUACUGCUUCCCCUGAGGAUUUGCUAUACUACGCACUCACAGCAAGAGUCCAUCGUGUUUCCAGUAACAUACCUUAACAUUUCCAAGGAUUUGGCUCUUCAGCGGCUGCUGGUGGAAUGGGAUGUUGGCAGAUCAGCACAUGAUGCUGAGCUGGCAAUGUCUUUUGAAAUACAAGUCCGUCGAACAGAUGAAACUACUUCUGUGUGGACGGAGUUUCAUAAUGUUACACUUGAUAAAUCAGGAAAGCCUCUUCAUUGGAUAUGGGAUUCAGACUUACCUUUGGAGUGUAUGGCACAUUCAGUGAGGAUCAGAAGCAAAGCAGAAGCAUCAAAAAUCUGGAGUCGAUGGAGUCUGUGGGAGACUGUUCUGGGCCUGGACACUUCAAAUAACAGUAGACCACAAAUCUUUCCAAAUGAAAAAAUUGUAGAGGAAGGCUCUGACAUCACUCUUUGUUGCAUUGGAAGGAAAGGUCAAGUCAUUAAGGAAUUCUUUCUAGACCCAGCUGUUCAUGGUUUCAACCGCACAAAUGGUCAAGUUGGACUUCUCACUGUGAAAAAUGUGGCACAUCAAAAAGUGCCUCACAUCUCUGUCUAUUGUAAAGAGUCUUGCAAUGAUGAUCAUUGCUAUGAUGAGGCCGUUUUCAUUGUUGGUAAACCACCUGAUACACCUAGUGAUUUUUCCUGCCAAACCCAAGACAUGAGAAUAGUAACAUGUACUUGGAGCCAAGGAAGAGACACCAAUCUUUACGGACGUCAUUCACCAAAAUACACCUUGUCUGAAGAGUUUUCCCAAAAACCAGUUCCAUGCACAGUAAGUUGUUCUGAGCAGUGUUCAUGUUCUUGGGAUAUAGACCAGCAGAGGAUCUGUAAUAUUACAGUGACUGUGGAAAACCCACUGGGAAAGAAAACUGCCACGGAUGUUUUUGAUGUAACUCACAGAAUUUAUCCUGCUGCACCUUUCCAGCUGUGGGAAGAAUGCACAGAUACAGAAAUCACAUUACAUUGGAAACAUCGAAACAAAGGAAUUGAACUCUUUUGUCAGACUGAAGUGCACCAGCCUGAUGGGAAAGUAGAACUGCAUAAUGGCUCACACACGCAUCACCAUUAUGGCAGCAUCACCCUGGGUGGACUGCAGCCAUACACUGCAUACACAGCUAGAGUACACUGCGGGGCAGCUAAGCAUUUCUGGAGGUGGAGUGAGUGGAGCGAAGCCCGAACCAUCAGAACAAAGGAAGCAACUCCAUCAGGGAAACUGGACAUCUGGAGAGAAAUUACACCUGUUCUGGGAGGGCGGAAUGUAACCUUGUUCUGGAAGCAAGCACCAGGUUUUCAAGCAAAUGGAAGAAGUAUUUCAUAUGAAGUAACUUGGGAAAAAGUAGAAGGUGGCUCUAAGCCUGAAAGCAUCUCCUUUUCAUCAGCCUACAAUAGCACAAGGAUUUCAAUUGAUAACCAUUCCUACAGAAUCAGUAUCAUGGCAAAGAACAAUGUUAAUUAUUCACUUCCUUCAGUAUUGAUCAUCCCUAGAGCUACAGGUAACAGCACCAAAGAGCUUAAAGAAGAACAGGUUAAUGGCACAGAUGAUGGCAUAUUUAUUUCCUGGGAGCCCAGACAUAUAUAUGACAGUUAUAUUAUCGACUGGUGUAACUUUCCGAAACUGCAGCCUUGUGAUUUGCAGUGGAAGAGAUUUGGGCCCAACACUUCCAGUGCUUUGAUCAACUCAGCUGCUUUUGUUCCGGGGGUGAGGUACAAAUUCCACAUCUAUGGAUCUGUUGUUAAUAGAGCCUUCUUACUGGAGAAGAAGACUGGUUAUCUCAGGGAGCUACCUCCUCUGCUUGACCCUAUUGUGGAAAAAGUUGAACUGACUUUCAAUGCAGUAACAAUAUCUUGGGAUUCUUAUUCCACAAAUGAGUUACAGCCUGGUUUUGUAAGAGGCUACCAUGUUUAUAUUUCACCUAUACAAGAGGACUGCAGUUUGAAAGGAUCCAAAAAACAUGUUCUUCCAGAUGAUUCAGUGCUAUGUAAAUACACAAUUGAAAACCCAGAAGAAAAGAGAUACACUGUGAAACACCUAUUGUCAAACACAAAAUACAGACUGGUGGUUAAAGCAUAUACAGGUGGAGGAGAAACUCCCAUUGUUAACUUUAGAUACAUAGAUACACCAUUUAACUCAAACACGCUGUACCUUCUAAUCCUGCUAGUGAUAAUUCCAUCACUAGUAGCUGCUAUAUGCCUCUGGAAGAUGAAGUGGGUGAAGGAGUGCUGCUGUCCUGUAAUACCUAGUCCUAACAAGAGCAAAGUGCUGUCAUUUGGAGAGUUUAAGAUCAAUUCUGAGAAAGUAUUGAAAAUAAGUGACUGCAUUCCCGACAUGCUAGCAGUGGACAGUAAUGUUGAAGACCAGAAAUUAUGUCCAUGGAGCCAGCUGUCUUCAGCACCAACAGAAGAUAGGACUGAUGGUCACAACUCUUCCUGGAUUUACCCUAAUGGAAAUGAAGAGAGAGGCUUUACACUCACACCUACACCUCAGACUCAUACUUGGUUUGAAAAUUUUGCUUAUUCUUCUCAUCUUGCAGUUGAAUCUGACCCUUAUCAAAUACCGGAGACACUAGUAGCAAGCAAGCCAGAACUGUCAGUAGUGCUGUAUCAGCCACACUACUACUUUGAUAUUUUUAAUGAAGUUGCUGCCUCAACACCCAAAGAAACAGCUGGCAGAAAGACCAGUCCGAGAUAUGUUUCACAAACAGAUGUGCACUGCCAAGGGAGGAGACCUUGAUGUACUCUCUGUAAGUCCAUCCAGUGUUUGGUUACACAAUAUAAAUAAGAAUUUCUGAAACCCUAACAACUUUUUUUGAUGAGGGCUUUCACAAGCUCAACCGCCCAACUUCUGUUAACAUUACAAAGCUCUUGCUUCAGGACUAGUUUAAAAAUACUGACUUGUGCAGAGGAAUGAUGCAUGCUAUGGUUUCAUCACAAGUUACAGGCAUUAUGUAAGAUUUACAGGCUGUUUUGUGGCCUGUAUUAUGUAGUAGGUUAGAUCACAGCAGUUUCUCAUAGCCUGAUGUAAAGAACUACUAUAUUUUGCAGAGAUUGAAAAUUUAUUCAGAAAGUAGAGGAGCAAGUUAAACAAGCAGGUAGGCUAUUGUGCUCAAGAAGUGUAUUAAUGCACUUGAAGUAUUCUGUGUGUGCUUACUAUGUCCUCUGGCCAUCCCUAGCCAGUGUGCAUUGUGCAUGGACCAGCUUUGGUGUCCGCCUCAGCCCAGUAACACUGGGGAGGGGUGGGGUGGUGUGGCAGGAAGGUUGUAUUUUCUCUCUCUCAAAGGAUGUAAGGAAUCAGAAUGGAAGGGUUACCUGCAUUCAGUGUGGUGCAUUACUGAAAGAUUAGGGUAACUUUGGCUUCUCUAGGAAUGCUAUCCUCUGCACCAAAAUCCAGUAAUUGUCCUGCUUUUACUUCACCUGCCUUCUAACUACACUUGGUGGGUGAAAGAGCAUGGAAAAUAGAUUUUUAUAGUACAGGCCCCUGUUAGUGGGCUGAUGCUCCCGUAUCUGGUAGCUGGGGGUCCUCACACUUCUGCCUUCUCUGCCUAGAAGAGUGACCCUUUAAAAUCCUAAACAAAAUCCUUGUAACUAAACAAUGAAACCGGGAGAGUUGAGUGGAAAGUAACAGUUAUCCCAGGAGGACAAGUGUUUGCAGAGGUGUCAUCACAGCACUGUCUCUCCACUUGUGCACAUGAACUUGGCUCAUUUUGGCAUUAACCCCUACACUUAUGUAACAAGCCCCGAACAACCAGGUAAGCAGAGACAGUAGUCAGAUGUAUAGGUGUAAGAAUCCUGUUUGUGAAGAACAUUACAUUCAGGCUGCAUAUUUAGCUAGACUUUCCAACACUGCUUUUGCAUGUAUUUUAAAAAAAGUAAAUUACAGUAGGCAGCAGCAAAUUUGGUCUUCCAUUUCGACUUAAAAAAAUCGUAUAUUUGUCAUGAAGCAGAAUAGGUGGAAUUGUAUCUGAAAGUCUCACCAGAUUAGCCUCCUUAGUCUACAAGGAACCCUUUGGUUUUGCCAAAUGAUGAAGCUGUCAGGAAUCUUUCACAAAUAAAAGAACUCUACAUAAGAGCACAGAACAGGAAGUUCUCAAAAGGGGAAAAAAAUGAAGUGUUUUUUACAAUUUCAUCUUCAGCUAAUUUGUUAAAAUGCAGUUACUUGUCUUCCCUCUGUUUAACUAGGUAAUCACACUUCCUAAAAACUAGACAGCUGCAGAUAGAAUGAGUUUUGAAACUGGACCACAUCUAGGUUUUGCAGUGUUGCUUGUAGACAGUGUUGUAAUGUCCAUGAGCUGUGUUGCAACAGGAAAAGCAGUAAGACCUUAGCUGUGACAAGCACUGACUGCAGAGGGAGAAGUCUUCAGGCAGGCCCAAGGUGAGGUACAACCACACAGGUGCCUAAUGGUGGUUAGAGGUAUCUGGUCAACAUACACCGUGGUGUCCAUGUGUAGGCUGCACACAGAUUUACUUGAGACAUAGAAAAACUAAUGCAGUAUAGUCCUUCGUUUCAGCCAUCAGAGAGUGGAGUAAGAAAGCGUGGCUGGUCACAUUUAGUUGAACUGCAGUUUGACAGAGAACAGGAGGCUGAUUUGAUGGAGACAUCCCAGAAAAACUCCUUCUCCCUUUACAUUAUUCUCCUUCGAGUUACAAUAAAUUUGAAAGUUUGACACCAUACAUAGCAUCUGUACAAAUUAGAACAUGUCCUUCUCCAAGUGUUUCAUCACAUUGUAUGUACUUGAGUAGUUUAAACAUUUUACUGUUGGUAAAAAGGCCAACAAACAGAAGGGAGGUCUUCUGCCACUACUGAAAUAAAACCCCCUAGUUGUGCAUUUCAAAA